GGAGUGAGGAAAGCGACCAAGGAAGGAGACAAAGAGAAAAAGAGACGACGACACAUUAGAUGGAACGGCGAACUUCAAUGGAAGACUCCAGCUAGCAAAAUGUCAACCCGGUCGCAGCUCACGAAAGAUUUGAACGAAUCGGUGAAAGCACUACUUGGUAAGCAUGUGAAGAUACUAUUAAAGAACGUGGUGAAAUUGGAAACAAAACAGGAUAAGCAGGAAAAUCGUGUUCUUGUAUUUUCGCCAUGUCGCCUCUUCCUCUUAUCGGCCAAAGUACCUACAAGAAUCGACUGCCAUUUUCAUUACCUAGAAGUAACGGCCAUAGAGUCAAGGAGAGCAAAUCAGCUAUGUUUGACUGUCGGAGAACGAUAUUACAAUUUUACUACAAACAGCAUCGGUGGGGAUACCACAGAGGUGGACGCUAUGAUAGAGGCCUUACAUACGGCAAUUCGAAAUAUCUUUCCUACUGUACCACUAAAUUACAUUAUACGAAAAAUAGAGGUAAUACCAGCUAGCAGACUGCAGAGCAUACGUGGGAGCGAAUUAGCCAGAAGCACAGAAGCUACGAGACAUACAGGGCCCUGUGGUGGUUUUUCUACUCAGUAUGCCUGCAUGUGUGAUUUGCAUGGUGUACCAUAUAGAGAGGAAGUGGCCUGGGACGUCGACACAAUAUAUCUUUCACACGACACCAGAGAGCUGAAUUUGAGAGAUUUCGAUCAUUUAGAUCAGAAGGACUUAGUGCCAAUUAUUUCAGCCUUGGAGUAUAAUACCUGGUUUACAAAAUUAAGGGCGUCCCAUCUUAAAUUGACUCAUGAGCCUCUGGAGAGAUUGUUACAUAUUAUGCGAAGAUCUUUAUCCAUUCAAGAGCUUUAUUUGGAUAAUCUUGGAAUUAAGUGGGAUUUCGCUCACAAGUUGUCAUUGGCUUUGAUUUCUAAUGCUAACACGAUGCUGCAAACGAUAGAUCUGUCGCACAAUAUGAUCGAAGACAAAGGAGCCUCUAGCUUGUGUGGAAUAAUAGCCAAGUUAAUGCAAGGUGGUACUCAUCUAAGCGGUCCUAUUGGCAAGUUGCCUAAAGGUUUACAAAAAUUGAAUUUGGCUCAUUGUGGAUUAACUGGGAAAGGUAUAAGCCAAAUAGCACAUGCAUUAAGCUUGAACAGAAGCAUGCCGACUAGUUUGCGAUAUCUUAAUCUUUCGGAGAACACCUUAAAAGAUGAUGUUAAUAAUUUGUGUAAUUUUUUGGCGCAACCUAAUAGUUUAACACAUCUAGAUCUUAGCGGUACGGAUACUACUUUAGAAUGUUUGUUUGGUGCAUUAUUACGGGGUUGUGCAACUAAUCUAGUCCAUCUGAAUGUUGCCCGGAAUUCUUUUUCGAGCAAAAAGACCAAAGAAAUACCUCCGAGUUUUAAGCAAUUUUUCACAGCAACUCUCUCGUUGAAGUACUUAAAUAUAUCUUCGUGCAAAUUACCAUUGGAGGCAUUAAAACACCUACUACUCGGUCUGGCAUGCAACGAAAGUACAGUUGGCCUAGAACUUGACAUGAGUGGAAAUAAUUUGGGUUCCAUGGGCGCACAUGUUUUAGAAUCUUGCAUUCAUGGAGUUCGAUGUAUAGCGUCAUUGGAUAUAUCAGACAGUAAUAUGGACGUCGAUUUGGCACAAGUUAUAACAGCAGUGGGCAAAAAUAAAUCGAUAAAGCAGCUUUACAUGGGGCGUAAUACCGCCGGUAUGAAGAGUAAGCACAUAGCUGUCGUGAUGGAUGCUUUGGUGCAAAUGCUUCAAGAAGACGACUGUGUUCUUCAAGCGUUGCAUCUACCUGACUCUCGAUUGAAGGGCGAUCUCUAUAAUCUGAUCAAUGCUCUUGGUAGCAAUACGUGUCUUCACACCCUCGAUAUUAGCGGUAACCAGAUAGGUGAUCCCGGCGCGAGAUUGCUUGCGAAAGCGUUGCAGAUUAAUAAUCAUUUACGGACCAUUAUCUACGAUAAGAACAAUAUCACGUUACAAGGCUAUGCGGAUAUUGUUCAUGCUCUAGAGAAAAACUGUAGUGUACGGCACAUGCCAUUUCCGAUUUAUGAUCUGCAACCUUGUAUGAAAACCUCCGCGGAAAAAACAGAACAGUUAUCCAAGAAGAUACAAGAUCUAUUGCAAAGAAAUGUCACGCCGUGCAAAUAUAGCCAUGGGCAAGCUUUUAGGUUACAACAAGGAUUUUUAUUGAGCUCCACGCAGCAAAUGGUUGACAGACUUGUCGUUCAAACGCAGGAUACUAUCAAGGCUCUCGCGGCAGAAAGUUGCGACGCUAAUAAUGAUAUUAAUUAUGCAACUGGACUUAUACAAGACGCGGAUAAUUCUAAACAGCUACUACCAAGAUUACAUGAAGUGCUUCAAAGACGUGACGAGAAUAAUCCAAUCGAACUAAAGCUACAUGAUAUGGCGAAUGAACUUCACAAAGUUAUAACGGUAUAUUUACAGGAUUCUUUGGAUGCGAUGUUAAAGUGCGCGAAUGAGCAAUGUCCUUCUAUACUUUCGCAAACUGUGAUUAGGGGCGAUGAGAGUGAACCGAUCGCGGUGCAAGAUGAUCUUCGUAAUACAUGCAAAGAGAAAAACCAAAUCAAUAGUGAAUUUAUACAUACCACUGUUACUGAACAAGCUGGCGCAGAUAUUGUCAAUAGAGUCAACGAGCUCAAUUUAGCAGUUGCAGCGCAUAUAUCCGACAGAAUCACGGAUGAGGUAAUCGAGUCAUUGUCAAGAAGUUACAAAACUUUGAUUGGCGAUUGUGAUAGUCGAACAAGAAGCAGCACACCAGAUGUUUUACGACCUAGCGCUGGCUCGAUGAGCAGCGGAAGUGUGAUAGGUGUGACUAGCGCGAGUGGUGUCUCCAUGACUUUACCUCCUGGUAGAGCUAGUCUUGUAUCCGAAGAAGACUGUCCACCGGAGACAUGUUCACUGGCAGAUUCCAUUGGUCAAUGCGUCAACGAUCAAUCACCGAUGAAAUUGGAUUAUCUUAAUCUGGCAACACCACAUCUAUCGAAUAAACGUAAAAGUCUGCAUGGUAGGAAAUUAAGACCUAAAUCCGUCGUAGACUCGGUGGAAGGAUUAUCCGCCGAUGAUAUACCGGAUCUUUUGCCGUCAUUGCCAAAGGGUCAAGCAGAAGCUAUCUCAGAAACCGAGCAUUCGUUGACAGAGUCGUUAGAUUCCGUUUCGGAAUUGCCCAACACAGUAGGUCAGCAGUUGCAGCAUCUGGUCAAAUCUAGACCACGCAGAACAAAAACGCGAGCGCCUACGAGGCCGAUGUUAAGACCGGAUCAACCAAUUGACGGUCUUGCUUUAGGCGAGGGUCUUGACGUGUUUUUCCGACCUACUACACCUACUACUCCUUUGAUUUCGCCUACGAGCGACGACAGCUCUCUACAUACUUUUCCAACGGAUAGCAGUCCGAAUCUAUCCUUGACAAGUCACAAGAGCAUUCCACCCGAUAUGGAGAAGAAGCACAGCUGUAAUUCGCCAAUGUUGAAGACGCUUUUAGAACCUACGCCACGUUCACGAUCCAGCGACAAUUUGGAAAAAUUUUCUCCUCUUGUAGGUAGAAGAUCACAAGGUGAUUCUCCGCUCACCGCGUCACCGCUCGCCCGAAGAAAUACCACAGACAGUGCUCAAGCCCACGAGAGAUCCAAAGGCGAAGCUUUUGCAAAGGAGACUUGUAACAGCGGUUCUGCGAAUGAUAUGAGCGAUGAUUCUAAACGCAGUACGUUAACAAAUUUAUCUAAUGUGAGCCCACGUGGCUCGCACGACAUUGACGACACUUUCGGAGCGAAUAUAUUGGAGAAGGACCAAGAUCGUAAAAGUGUGAAGAAGCCUGAUGCAGAAAAGUCAUCCUCAUCUGUUAAGCUACGAUCGACCGGUCACGACUUAAGAAGUCCGAUAAAUGGUAAUAGUGGCACCAAGAAUACAUCCGAUUCGGCUAAGUCCCCUGUACUGAAACCGUUGAAGAGUAGCGGGUCUACGAGUGACGGAAAAAGCAACGGCUCACUUAUGAAAAAUAAGCCUACUCCACCAGCGACGGCGCCUAAACCGCGACCAUGGAGCAUGGCUACUGAUCGAAAAUCCGGAGAAUUUAGUCUAUUGAGCGACGGUUCUAGUCCGAACACUUCAGCUGGCAACACGCCCGACUCUGGCGAUGCUCUCGACGAGUCUACCGAUAGCGGUGUCAGUGGGCCGGCUUCUUUGCCGCCAACCUUAUCAGCAAGUAGCACUGCGAGUUCGUUGAGUAAUACAAGCGUGGAAAAGAGAUCUGUGAGAGAAUUGGCAGCGAGCUUGAAUAAAAGCAAGACGGAAAGGAAGGAGAAUGAGCAUGCCACACCUGCAGCAUGGCGAUCGCUACUCCAACGUUCUGUCGACCGAUCAGACGCCAAGGCAACGGAAGUGCCGAAAACGGUUGAAGAGAGUCGUCUCAGUUUUAAGCUUCGUCGCACGUCAUUUUUGCGCGAUUCAAAUUUCAAUUACAACAAUAACGAUGUGGUUGACGUUUGAUCGUAUUCUGAUGGAUGGUCAGCGUUGCAUCGUAAGGAAUAUUUUCUUCCGUAUUCCGUAUUCUGUCGAGAUCUGGCACACGAGAUAACAGUACUUUUUGUCUUCGUGCCAUAGAAAGUCUUAUUGUGUAUAUAAAUAUAUACGUAACCGGUUAUAACAUUAGAGACAGGGUACUGAAGGUUUUCACAGCAAUUAAAGUACUAAUUUGUUAUUAAGUGGCAUUAGAGAAUCUUAUACUAAUUUUAUAUGACGUCGUAUAUUUACACGCAGUCGUAAAUUUCGCCUUAGUUAUGUACUCAUGUAUUAUCCAUACACUUCAUUAUCUAUUUCAUGUAUCAGAUCAAUUAUUUUUAACUGCGCGUCUCGACUUUUUUAUUAAAAUAUUUGACACUUCCAGUGAGAUUAAGUACUCAUUCUGUUACUUAUUCUGUCGAAUCCUUGUCGAGCGAUACGUUGCGAUGCCACGUGAAGAUAUUAACGAAAGUGUUCUAUUCUUUGAAGAUUCGUUAUGUACAUAUAUACUUAUAGAUUGUUUGUCUAUGCAUUUCAACAGCGAGAAUAUCUAGAAUAGAAAUACAAACGAGACAUCACAAUUUCAGUAAAAUAGGCUAAAUUGUUUUUGCAUAGAGUGUUAAGAGUAGCGACGACUGGGUGUGAAAUAGGAUAACACGUUGCGUAAAAGAAACGUAAGUGUCUUCCAAGAUUGUAUAACAAACUGCAGCAAUGAUAUUUCGUACAUACAUAUUUUUUGGUUGAAAAAAAUAACGUCCAUUAUAAUAUUUUUCCAUUAAUAUUUAUCGAGUGCGACAUGUCUUUAAUCUGUGAUUAAUUCGUAAAAAUGAAUUGAAAUGGGAUUUUAGUCUAAUUAAAGUUCCUGUCACACAACAAUGCAUUUUACUAUCUAUAGAAAAGUGUAUUAGCAGAUGCAUCUUUCAGCUAAAUUCUAAAUGGCAGCUUUUAUUGUAUUUAUUACGUAUAUCUAUGCAGCUGAUAAUUUUUUAUUGGACGGUGAAAUUAAUUGUAUAUAAAAAAGAAUUUACCUUUAGUGGAUAGAUUAAAUCCAUUUGGCAAGUUUGUUUUUGGCCGAAAACCAUGUGCCGAAACAUUUGUAUUAUUUAAUAAAGUAUUGAAAUAACAAAAUUUAACUAGCUUUGGCUAUAUAAGCGGUUUUAAAUUGUAUAUAUCGCUAUUAAUUCAAUAUAAGAGCCUUUUCAGGUAUACUUUUUAAUUAAUUUUUUUUUUAACUGCGUUAUUGAAUUUGUCUUGAAUAAAGCGUUAUCGAUCACUUUAAACAUAAAAUUUACUUUAAACAUGAAAUAUGGAAAAUUUGUAUAAUGUGUUAUGUAUCAUCACGGUGUUUUUUAACGACAUACAAUUCUAGAUAUAUCUCGUUAAAUUGAAUAGAACUAACAAUACAAGAUUAUUUAUUGAGAUACUUUGCGCCGGGAAUUUUUGGAUAAAUUUUUUUUGUAAAACAUUUUUUGUAGAUGUAAGAUUCAGUAUAGAGUUAUUAUAUAAUCUCGAACUUGCCCUUUUAUAUAGUGAUAAAGCUGUGUAUAUAUAUAUGUAAAAAAAGACUUAUGUAUAAUAAUGAUGAACGAAGAGAGAUUCAUGGAGAGUCCGCGAUUCUUGUUGCUCGAAGUAAAGUAACGUGGAAAAAGGAUUGAAACAUUUUUUUGUGAAUUUUUUAUCGCUUAAUUAUCAUCACGUAAUAUUGAUAUUGAUUCUUUAUAUGAUAUAUAGAACAUGUGAUUGUUGCAUCUUAUCAUGAUAUUACCUAUUAACAAUGGAGAGUGUUCUCUCCCUAACAUUAAGCAAACGAGUAUUAAGAUAUGUUAAUAAAAAUUAUUGCGCGCGCGCGCGCGUGUGUGUGUAUGUGUGCGUGCGUGUGUGCGUGUGCGCACAUGUACUGUAAGACAUAUUUAGGUUGUAAAAGUGAGAAAAUGCGCAUAAGAAAGGCGCGAUUGUUCAAUCUAUAUGUGCGAGAUGUGCGAGAUACGCGAGAAAUCAGCUAAACUGAUUAUGAAAUCAUUUUGGAAUGAAAAUCUUAAUCGAAAUAAUCUUAGAAGUCUGCCAUUGAUGGAUGCCACGCGUCUGGAAUACCCUGUACAAUUGCGGACAAAAGAUACCUUUAAAAGGUAAAAGACACCUUUAAAAAGAAAAAGAUCUAUAGAAGACAUCUUUAAAAAGAAAAGAGACAUCGGUCCUAAAGCGUACCUUUUUUUAAAUUUAAUAUGUGGAUUUUGGAAAGGACGCGCUCUCGAACUGACAUGGUCUACUAUAUAAACAUAAGAAAGUUUCGUAAUAUACUUAAUCAAUCUGAUUCGAGAGAUAGAUUACUUGUAAGAUCUUUACGAUAUUUACUUUUAGACAAGCGUUAUUCCCGACGAUUUAUCGGAUUUGUUCUUAGGGCGGGAUAUUUUUAAAUGCAGUUUCAACAUGUAUUCGAGUAAAAACUUAUAUACCUGCGUCUUUUGCUGCAUUACAAGUGAUGUUUUGUAUACGGUAUGUAUGCGUCGUCGUAUCGUAAGAUGUGUCAACCGCGAGAAAUUAUCAUCACAUCGUAAAACGACUCUGCCGAUUGUUGUGCCAAAAAAGUCUAUUAUACAGCGAUUACGCACAUCUUUUGUACGAUUAGAAGAACUCGCUCCAUUUUCGACCGGCUCUCGUCCGUUGUGUUGUCGUUUACAAUCGCGUCACUUAACUCGCUCGCAAACAGUACACAGAAAAAAAGUGAUUUAACAAAAUAUAUAGUUGCAGACUGUCAAAUGCAGAUAUACUUAAUACAAUAAUUUAUGCUAUUGCAAUAUCAACAUCACAAUUCAAUCGAGACCGUUGUACUUGCAUUAACAGCAAAUAUUAUUGUAUUGAGUAUAUUGUGUAGUUGACACGCAACUACACAUUUUAUUGAAUCAUUUACUUUUUUCUGUGUACGAUUUCACGAUACUGUACAUAAUUUGAGGAUCCAGUAAUCUCAUUCCAUAACGUUACUUACUAAUUAAAGGUUCGCGUUGCUCUCAUUCGUGUAUUUGUGUGCUUCAUUAAUAUGUAUAUGUAUAAUAAAUAUUAAUGAAGCACAUAUACCUAUAACAUAAAUAUACAAAGAAAGUGAGAGAAGUAUUUGGUAUGUAUGCGUGACGUGUGUGAUGUAGCGUGUGAUAUAUUGCAUAUUUAAAUCUUCCCUGAUACACACAUUCCUGUAUGCAUUACAUUUCUAUAUACAUAUGAAUGCGAAAAAAAAGAAAAUUACGUGAGACGCACGCCGAAAUAUAUUGUGAAUAUUAAUAUCCUAUUUGCGCCCGUUCGAUCGAGCGGUCCAGCGAUGUUAACAUUUGCAAUCUGUUUUGCCAAACAGCUUGAUAGAAGCGCAAUAUUAUCCGUUAACGAAUAAAAUAAAGACUCGUAACCAUACAUAUAGAAA